AUGGCAGAUGUCCCUCGGGACCUGCUUGAGCAGGUGAGUCAAUUGGAGGCCCUGUUCACAGUGGAUGCUAAGAAGCUGAAGGAGAUUACCGAGCACUUUGUGAGUGAGUUGGACAAAGGUCUUAGCACCGAGGGUGGCAGUAUUCCCAUGAACGUAACAUGGGUCAUGGACUGGCCCACUGGAAAAGAGACCGGCACGUAUCUUGCUCUUGAUAUGGGAGGUACGAACUUGAGAGUGGCCGAGAUCACUUUGGACGGUAAGAGAGGUUUCGACGUGAUUCAAUCUAAAUACCAUAUGCCCAAGAAUAUCAAGACAGGCACUUCAGACGAGCUGUGGGACUACAUUGCCGGUUGUUUGGAACAGUUUCUGGCGUCGCAUCACGCUGGUCAGGAGAUCACUAAUGUUCAUUUGGGAUUCACUUUCUCGUAUCCAUGUACCCAGCCAGCCAUUAACAAGGGUAUUUUACAACGAUGGACCAAGGGAUUUGAUAUUGACGGUGUUGAAGGCCAAGAUAUCCAGCCUUUACUGGAUGCCGCUCUUAAGAAAAGAAACGUGCCUAUCACGGUAGUGGCUAUUAUCAACGAUACCACUGGUACACUUGUGGCUUCUAACUACACGGAUCCAUUCACCAAGAUGGGAUGUAUCUUUGGAACCGGAUGUAAUGCUGCGUAUUACGAGGUGGUCAAGAACAUUCCCAAGUUGAAGGGACAUGUCAACGACGAUAUUAAACCGGACUCGGUCAUGGCUAUUAAUUGUGAGUGGGGAGCUUUUGACAACGAACACGCCGUGCUUCCUCGAACUAGUUACGACGUAAAAAUCGACGAAGAGUCGCCCCGUCCACACCAACAGGCGUUUGAAAAGAUGAUUGCCGGGUAUUAUCUGGGAGAGAUUCUGCGAUUGACGCUGGCCGAUUUGCAUAAACAAGGAUUUGUGUUUGAGAAGCAGGAUAUUACCAAGUUGGAUGAGCCAUAUACUUUAGACACAUCGUUCUUAUCACGUAUUGAGGAGGAUCCAUGGGAGAAUUUGUCUGAUGUCGAGCUGUUGUUCCAAGAAGAACUUGACCUGAGAACCACUGAACCCGAGAGGAAACUGAUCCGUCGUUUGGCCGAGCUCAUUGGAACCCGUGCUGCCCGUCUUUCGGCCUGUGGAGUGGCUGCUAUUUGCAAAAAGACCGGAAUGACCGAAUGCCACGUUGGUGCUGACGGUUCGGUCGUGAAUAAAUACCCACUCUUCAAAGAGCGUGGAGCCCAGGCUCUGAAAGAGAUCCUGGACUGGGAUAUCGCCAACCCUGACGACUACCCUGUCAAAGUGACUCCUGCCGAAGACGGUUCCGGUGUGGGUGCCGCCAUCAUCGCAGCCCUGACCGCUGCCCGUGUCGAAAAGAACCUCUCCGUGGGCCUCAAGGCCUAA